GAGCUGUGUAUGCUGUAGUCGCAGUUUGGCCCUGUGUUUAGUUACUAACACCACAAUGGAGCUUUUCAAGUAUCUGUUCAGUGUUGUGGUGGUUGCAGUUUUGGUUUCUGAUGUUACUUCCCAGCAUCACUGGGCAAUGCCUCCGCAGCAACAUCAACCUCUUCCUCCUCAGCUGCCCCAGCAACAGUCCAAUGUCCUUCUACCUGCAGCUCCCUUUGAUAAGUGCCUGGUGGAGGAGAGUGAGAAGAUACAGUGUGGUGCUCGAGAUAUCACCUCUGAGCAGUGUGAAAACAUAAACUGCUGCUAUGAUGGGCGGCAGUGCUACUAUGGGAAAGCAGUGACUGUGCAGUGUACCAGGGAUGGCCAGUUUGUGGUGGUUUUGGCUAGAGACUCCACAGUACCACCCAUAGAUGUGGAGUCAGUCAGCCUGUUGGAAACGAAUGACCCCUUGUGUUCACCUGUUGACUACACUUCUGCAUUUGCCAUAUUCCAGUUCCCUGUGACUGCAUGUGGAACCACAAUCAAGGAGGAGGGAGAUUAUGUUGUGUAUGAGAACCACAUGUCCUCAUCAUAUGAAGUGGGAAUUGGGCCAAGAGGAUCAAUCACUAGGGACAGCCAUUUUGAAUUAUUAUUCCAGUGCAGGUAUUCUGGCACUGCUGUGGAGGCGCUUGUUAUGGAGGUGAAUGCUGUUCCUCCACCUAUCCCUGUGGCGGCUGUAGGACCCCUCAGAGUGGAGCUGAAACUGGGGAACGGAGUGUGUCACACAAAGGGCUGUGUGGAGGAGGAAGCAGCAUAUAGCUCCUUCUACACGCAAGCAGAUUACCCAGUCUUUAAACAGCUGCGGGAACCCGUCUAUGUAGAGGUCAGCAUUGUAGAGCGAUCUGAUCCAAACAUCAUCCUCAACCUGGAGCACUGUUGGGCCACUUCAACACAUGAUCCUCACAGCCAGCCACAAUGGGACCUCCUAAUUGAUGGGUGUCCCUACCACGAUGACCGGUACUUGACAACAGUGGUGCCUUUGGACGGCCACUCUGGGCUUCAUUACCCCAUGCACCACAAACGUUUCAUUGUAAAAAUGUUCACAUUUGUGGAUCAAAACACCUUCACUCCUCAGAAAGACAUGGUGUUCAUCCACUGUGCUACUGCAGUGUGUUACCCCAGCAGCACUAACUCCUGUGAACAGUCGUGCCACAGACAACGAAGAGCUGCAGUGAGGAAAGUUUCCUCAAGUCAGAAGGCUCUCGUGUCAAGUGGUGCGGUGAUCCUGACUGAGAAGAGGACUAAAUCUGCUCCUAACACCAAAUCAAAGAGAUGACAAUCCACUGGCAGUCACAUUGGGACUUGAAUUUUAAUAAAAGCUUGUUUAAAAGCACAUGAUUACAACUGAA